CAGUUUUUUUUCACACUGGAUUUAGCUCUCGGCAAGUCUGGGUACAAUCAAGCACAGAAUGGCCAUUUUCUAGAGAGGGAUUCUGCAUGACGUAUGACUGUUUUCUGGCAGAAAUCUUGGAGGACCAGUGUAGGCAGAGCGGAAUUGAAGCUGACAAGUCUGCGUCUUGGAAAGGGCUGUGAUCUAGUGUAGUACAGAACAGAAGCACUCAAUCACUGCAGCUGUAAAUAGGAGGCAGGAAAACAAAUCCACAGCAAGAAAGACAGAGAAAAGUGUUUGUUUGGAAGGAGAAUUAAAAAGCAUUUUUGGUGCAUGGGAUGAAACCAGCCAUGGAAACUGCAGCAGAGGAAACAACAGAACAAAGCCAGGAGAGAAAAGUGAACAGCAGCAGACCAGAAAUGGAAAUUGGCAGGUACCACUGGAUGUGCGGGAGUUCAAGGCCGCAGCAAGUGCCAGCAAUGAGCGACAGUAUGGGUCCCUUGGGGACUGGAGGUUGCUUUGAAUGCUGCAUUAAGUGCUUGGGAGGAGUUCCAUAUGCCUCACUGGUGGCCACCAUCCUGUGCUUCUCUGGAGUAGCCCUCUUCUGUGGUUGUGGUCACGUGGCCCUCACUGGAACACUAACCAUCCUUGAACAGCACUUCUCCUCCACUCCUAGUGACCAUGUCAUCCUGACUGAGGUAAUCCAGUUAAUGCAGUAUGUUAUCUAUGGAAUUGCAUCUUUCUUCUUCCUGUAUGGAAUCAUUCUGUUGGCAGAGGGUUUCUAUACUACCAGCGCAGUAAAGGAAUUGCACAGUGAAUUUAAAACCACGGCAUGUGGACGAUGCAUCAGUGGAAUGUUUGUGUUUCUUACCUACAUCCUUGGCGUGGCCUGGCUAGGAGUGUUUGGUUUCUCUGCCGUUCCUGUUUUCAUGUUUUACAACAUGUGGGCAUCUUGUGAAGUUAUCAAAGGGGUGCCUGUAAACUUGACGACUGAAUCGGAUCAGAUCUGUGUAGACAUUCGGCAAUAUGGUAUUAUUCCAUGGAAUGCUCUGCCCGGCAAAGCUUGUGGGACAGCUUUGGAAAACAUCUGCAGUACCAAUGAGUUCUACAUGUCCUACCACCUCUUCAUUGUGGCCUGUGCUGGGGCAGGAGCUACUGUUAUUGCCCUGAUCCACUUCCUCAUGAUUCUGGCUGCUAAUUGGGCCUACUUAAAGGAUGCAAGCAAAAUGCAGGCCUACCAAGACACUAAAGCCAAAGAAGAGCAAGAACUGCAAGAUAUCCAGUCACGGUCAAAAGAACAGCUCAAUUCUUAUACAUAAAUCACCAUAACAGCAUGAGAAGCAGUAGCGCUUAUGGCUAAUUAAUGAAUUCAAACGGCUAAUGAUUUAAUAAAACAAAAAAAACUGCUACUAGAUGUGAUUUUGUACAGUUUAAACGAAUUCCAGUGCAUAACAAUGGUGUCUUUGUUCCUCCCACACAUUUUGAUCUCAGGCAUUUUAAAAGGAAGCACUUUUAUAAAGGAAAUGGCGGUUAUGGUCUAUUUUUCCCUCCCGGGUAAUACAAAAAUAAGGAACUAUAGAAUUGGAGAGGUGGUUAUUAUUAUAUGCGCUUGUUAUAUCAAAUACUUAAAUCUGUCCAAUUAAUGCUUAGUAGGCAUAAGUACACGUUAAACUCCUACGCUAGUGUUGCCAUUUUGAAAUGAAACAAUUAACCUGAGUGCAUUUCUUUAUGUCACUGAUGCUUCCAGAAAUGCCUGAGCAUCGGGAAAGGUGGCUGAAUACCAGUGGAAGCAGCCAAUGUGUGGAUGAACCAAUAUUCAUGAGAAUAUUUCACUAGGAUGUCGCUAGGGCAUGAGAGACAAAAUGCCCGACUCCUCCAUCGCUGGUUCAUGUCGAAUUGUUUAAAUUGACUGAAUAUCUAAAGUAGGCCAUUUUAUAGGGUUCAGUCUUAGGUAAUAAUGGCAAAUACAAUUACAGUGGUGCAUUUGAAGAUGUAGUAUUACGUUGUUGCUGUAGGUCACUUAUAUUUCUAUAGUUAAUAGUGAUUUUUGGUUUGACAGUUGCACUUCUUAAAUAUGAAUAGAAAAUAAAAAAGUGAACUGUACACAGGUGGGUAGGUGUGGGUUCCCCGUCUACUCCAUGUUCUACAGGUAUUCCUAAUUGUUGAAAUGUGAACAGACCGUGUUCAGAUAUUUUUGUUGACUACAAUCCUGAAAGGACAACUUUAUUUUUUUGUACACUUUUUUCAGAUUAAGUUGAGUUGUUAAGGGCUUGUGCACAUGGGCAUUGCUACAGCAUGGGCAAGACCAGGAACUUCUCACUGUGUUUGAAGCAAAUUAGCAAUUCCCAAUGCUUCCCUGUAGUUUAUAUGGGUUCAGAGAACACACCUGAGUGACAAGGGCUCUGAACAAUGAAAGUCAGGGAGUCAUAGCUUGUAAUAAACACUCGGUAGACGUGCAGUGAGUUCCAAUAAUAUAUACACACACAACUUGGGUCACAGGGCAUUUAAUAGUCUUUAAGGAUACAGGCUACAUGCUUAAGAUUAUUGCCCAUGUGCACGAGACCUUAAUGUAUUUAGAGAACAUGUAACAUAGUAGCUUAGCUUUUUGUUAAAGCCAGUGCAUGCAAUUGCUCAUUAUUUCUACUGCACUGCAGGUGAUUGUUUCAGCCCAGUGUCCUAAUGUAUGGAUAAUGAAGGCAAUUUUUUUUCACUAUUUUGUGUAGUUGAAGUUUUCUUUUUGAGUUCUAGAUAGUGUAUUAUUUUUAUGUAAAAGAAAAAAAAAGUUAUCUUUUGCUAUGUAUAAAUUUUGUAACCUAACAGUGAAUCAAUAUUUUCUAUCAGUGCCAAGGGCUUCCUGUAGUUAUAUCCAAGUGUUAUAAUAAAUAUUUGUAGAUAAA